GCCGACCGGCGCUUCGGCAUCCAGGCCCAGACCGUCACCACCGACUUCCAGAAGAUUUUCCCUAUGGGAGAAAGACUCUACAUUGGGUUGGCAGGACUGGCCACGGACGUGCAGACCGUAGCCCAGAGGCUGAAGUUCAGGCUGAAUCUCUAUGAGCUGAAGGAAGGCAGGCAGAUUAAACCUCAGACUUUCAUGAGUAUGGUUUCCAAUCUGCUCUAUGAGAGACGGUUUGGACCUUACUACACAGAACCAGUCAUUGCUGGGCUGGACCCCAUCACACACGAGCCCUUCAUCUGCUCCCUGGACCUGAUCGGCUGCCCCAUGGUGACCGAUGAUUUCGUGGUCAGUGGCACCUGCUCCGAGCAGAUGUAUGGGAUGUGUGAGUCCCUCUGGGAGCCCGACAUGGAACCUGAGCACCUCUUUGAAACCAUCUCGCAGGCCAUGCUGAACGCUGUGGACAGAGAUGCCAUCUCUGGCAUGGGGGUGGUGGUGCACAUCAUAGAGAAGGACAAGAUCACCACCAGGACCCUGAAGGCUCGGCUGGACUAG